AUGUACAAAAACAUUGAAAUUCGAAAGCUUCCAUCGGGGCUCUUGUGUAAUUUAAUUAAUAUACUUGAGAUUAACGAUGACUGGAAAAAAUUCAUGUCUAACAUUCCAAGAGAUAUACGCAGUGAAAAAUUUGAACCCAAGUAUAAUUAUGAACAUAUCCAAAUGAUUGAGGAAUACUCAAGAGAAAGUUGUUUGAAGUGUACUGAAAUUUUGUUAGACGAAUGGGCUACAUCUGGCAGAGUUCGACCAACAUUAUAUGAUCUAAAGUCAAUUAUUGACAAAACUCAAGUUCUAUAUAGAGCUGCAGAUGAAUUAGCUGAAGUAUUAAAUGAAACGAAACCACAUCGUCCUACUGAUGGUCCAGCUGCUCCAAUUACGACAGAUAUUACAGGAAUGUUAAAUGAUAGCAUAGACUGCAGUAUAAAUCACACUAAUAUACAUAGACUUUGUGACCAGACAACCAGGCAAAUGUUAUCAAGUAAUCCUAGGGGUACAAUCAAUGAAUCCAACAUUAACUUUUCAAUUGGAAAUAAAACUACUGCAAAAAUUAAGUCAGACUCUGAUUUAAUGAAAUUCUCAACAACUGAAGUCAAAAUUUGUGAUGACAACAAAACUUUUAAUGAUACUUUAUCAUCUAGUAAUUUACCAGACUUUGAGGCAAUGGGUCAUGUGUCCUCUGAAGUAAAUUCUCCUAAUGCUUAUCAGCAAUCAUUUCCUAAUAUUGAUAUAUCUAUUGACAUAGAUAGCGCUAUACUUCAGGAUACAAAACUGAAAAACUUUGCAUAUAAGGAAUUGGAAAGGAUUACACAUAAUUUCUCUGACAUUGUUCUUGAAGGCCCAAAUGCCUUCAAAGGAGGUAAAAUUGGAAGUGGUGGUUUUGGUGAUGUUUAUGUUGGAUCUCAUCCUGAAUAUGGCAUACUAGCUGUUAAAAAAGUGCGUAGCUAUUUGGAUAUCAAGCGGAAGCCAGACAUUGCUAUGAAAGCUUUUAAUGCUGAAGUCAAAUUCCUUUCUCAUUUUCGACACGAAAAUAUAUUACCUAUUUUUGGGUAUUCCAUAGAUGGACCUGUGCCUUGUAUUGUAAGUGAAUAUAUAGAUGGAGGUUCUUUAUUAGACAAAAUAGCUGCCAAAAAUCUUAGUUUAGAUCAAAGAAUUAAUAUUAUACUUGGUACUGCUGAGGGUCUGAAAUACUUACAUACAAGUGAGGCUCCCGUUCAGAGUGAUAGAGAACUCUUAAACUUAGGUAGAGACAUUGCUUCAGACUCUGAGAAUUCUACAACAAACUUUGUUCAUGGUGAUGUUAAGACUGCUAAUAUAUUGUUAACAAAGGAAUGUAUUCCAAAGCUGUGCGAUUUUGGCAUUGCUAAACAGUAUGACCAAACAAUAAUUACAACAUGCCCUAUGGGAACUUCAGCAUACAUGGCACCAGAAGGAUUACAUGGAACUAUUACACAAAAGAUAGACAUUUUUAGUUUUGGCAUUGUGCUACUUGAAAUUCUUACAGGGUUAAAACCUAUUGUCAUAAUGAAUGGUGAGAAAUUAAAUAUAAAAGAUUUUGUUGAAGAAAACUUUAGAGGGGAUAUUAGUUCUAUUUUAGAUCCGAAAGUUAGUGGGUGGUUCAAUGCAGGAGAAAUAUAUAAUCUAGCUCAGUGGUGCUUAGAAAGGAAUAGAAAAGACCGUCCUUCUAUGAUAGAGGUGUGCAAUAGACUAUAUGAAUUGUUUAAGAGUAAAUAA